UCACGCCCCCUUUGUUACGAGGAAGAAAGCUGUAAACAUUGAACAUUGGUUUGUCACGCCAUUGAAAUUGGUGUGUAGUUACUUUACUGAUUACAUUUUAAAAAGUAAUCAAUUGAUCUUUCAUAUAUUAAUCAUGACAAUCCAAUAUGGCUGUAUUGCAAGAGGUACAAGUGUCCUUUGCUCAAGUGGGCCAGGAAAUUUUACAGAGACAGUUCUGUCAAUGCUUCCUAAUAUUCCACCAAUAGAUGGGAAAAAGACCUACACUUCUAACAAUUAUGAGUUUCACUGCCUUAUUGAGAAUGGCCUUUUGUACAUGUGUGCUACAAAUAGUGGUGUUAACAAACAGCAGCCAUAUGGCUUUUUAAAUGAGAUCAAGCGCAGACUCCAGACUGAUGGAUUAACAGGCAAUGCUAUGACUGCAAGCUCUGGAGGUCUUGAUGGAGAAUUUAGCUUUGUAUUAUCACAGCUGAUUAAAAAGUACUCUCAACCUGGAGCUGGUGCCAGUAGCGCUGUUGCUACAGUGCAAGCACAAGUUGAAGAGGUCAAAGGUGUAAUGUCACAAAACAUUGAAAGAGUCUUACAAAGGGGAGACAAGCUAGAAGAUUUGAUGGAUAAAACUGAAGAGCUAGAAGCAGGGGCAGCCUCUUUCCAGAAAACAGCAAAGAAAAUACAGAAGCGUUACUGGUGGCGCAACAAGAAAAUGACAAUAAUUCUUGUUAUUGUUGCGCUCGUCGUUGUUCUGAUCAUUACACUCAUUAUCCUUUUCUCCACCCAUGUCCUGCCACCCAAAAGUGAUGAUGAUUCCAAAACUACAGUGAAGCCCAAUUGAUGUAUAUGUGUCAUUAUAGUAUUCUUAUGUGUUUUUUUACAUGUUAUGCUCAACUCCUUUCCCCAUAUGUAUAUAUAAAUAGAUAUAUAU